AUGUCUCGUCAGUCUGUCUGCAGGAGCUUUGGCGUCGGGGGGAGAAAGGGAUUCAGUUCCUGCUCUGCCGUCGGUGGUGGAUUUGGAGGUGGUGGUGGCCGCAGCAGAGUCAGCUACAGCUCCUACUCCUCGUCCAGAGGAGGAGGAGGAGGAGGAGGAGGGAGCAGUCGGAGCCUCCAUAACAUGGGCAGCAGCAGAAGGAUUGCCAUGGGUGGAUGCUACGGUGGCGGUGGCUAUGGAGGAAGGAUGGGAGGCUACGGCGGAGGAAUGAGCUGCGGAGGGAUGGGAGGAGGAGGAAUGGGAAUGGGUGGCUUUGGUGGGGGAAUGGGUGGUGGAAUGUGUGGUGGUGGAGGAAUGGGUGGCUUUGGUGGUGGCAUGGGUGGUGGAAUGGGUGGUGGAAUGGGAGGUGGAAUGGGAGGUGGUGGUAUGGGAGGUGGUGGAAUGGGUGGCUUUGGUGGCCCUGGGUUCCCUGGAGGGAUCCAACCGGUGCAAGUUGACCCCAACCUCCUUCGUCCCGUCCACGUUGAAAUCGACCCCCAAAUCCAGCAAGUGAAAAACCAGGAGAAGGAGCAGAUCAAGACCCUGAACAACCAAUUUGCUUCCUUCAUUGACAAGGUGCGAUUCCUGGAGCAGCAGAACAAGGUCCUGUCCACCAAGUGGGAACUGCUGCAGCAACAAGGGCCACAAGGGCCGAGGAAGAACCUGGAUGUGAUCUUUGAGAACUACAUCCAGAACCUGCGGAGGAGGCUGGAGUCUCUGCUGGGGCAGAGGGGACAGCUGGAGUCAGAGCUGCAGAACAUGAGGCAGUACGUGGAGGAGUUCAAAACCAAGUAUGAAGAGGAGAUCAACCGUCGCACAGCUGCUGAGAACGAGUUUGUGGUGCUGAAGAAGGAUGUGGACUGUGCCUACAUGACCAAGGUUGAGCUGGAAGCCAAGGUGGGAGCUCUGACUGAUGAGAUCAACUUCCUGAGGUGCAUCUACGAGGAGGAGCUGUCUCAGAUGCAGACCAUCAGCAGGGACCUGUCUGUGGUGGUGUCCAUGGACAACAACAGGCACCUGGACCUGGAGAGCAUCAUCGAGGAGGUCAGACGACAGUACGAGCAGAUCGCCCAGAGCAGCAGAGCUGAGGCCGAGGCCUGGUACCAGAGCAGGUAUGAGCAGCUGCAGAGCACAGCAGGACGACACGGGGACAACCUCCGCAACACCAAGAUGGAGAUCCAGGAGCUGUCCAGGAACAUCCAGAGGCUGAGGGCGGAGAUUGAGAACGUGAAGAAACAGGUAAGG